UCUUUUUGUUUUCAAUCGGAAUAUGUUUUAAUUUUGUCAAAAGUUAUGAAAUUGAAGAGAACACACCACUGUUAGCAUCGGUUUGCAUUACAAUAAGUGAUAUGGUUCGCACAGUGUACGAUUUAAUUUAGUGAAUUGAAUUUCAGUUGUGUAAUUAUUGACAAUAUGAUGGACAAAAGUGGAAAUAAUUUUAACAUGGACGAUGCACGAUAUCGUAUCAAACCCUAUCAGCAAAUAGCAUCAUCUUGUUCCGGUGCCAUUAUCACCUCACUGACAAUGACACCAUUAGACGUAGUUAAGACUCGGUUACAGGUACAACAGAAGACCAUGCUAUCAAAUAAAUGUUUUGUUUACUGCAAUGGACUCAUGGACCAUUUAUGUCCAUGUCCAACGAAUGGUGAUUUGGCAAUGACGCGUAAACAAUUACCGUAUAACGGAACGAUCGAUGCAUUCAUAAAAAUAAGUAGAAAUGAGGGAAUUGGUUCGCUGUGGUCUGGUCUGGGACCAACGCUAGUGCUUGCAAUACCAGCAACUGUUAUAUAUUUUGUUUGCUACGAGCAGCUUCGUGUUAGAUACAAAGAGUAUUACUUGAAACGAUUUCCGGGUACGGAUUGGGCUCUUUCUAGUGCUAAAGUCAACAACAAAUUUAACUUUUAUUCCUUUACAGAAUCGGGUACUGCAGCAUUUUCUAUACCAUUGCUAGCCGGAAUGUCAGCUCGAGUGUUGUCCGUUACCGUAGUCAAUCCAUUAGAAUUAGUUAGAACCAAAAUGCAAUCGGAAAAAUUGAGCUAUUUUCAAGUUGGUAAAGCCUGCCGCACAAUGAUCGCAAAGGAGGGUAUCACUGGACUGUGGAAAGGUUUAGCUCCAACCCUAUACCGUGAUGUGCCCUUUUCCGGCAUCUAUUGGGCUUCAUACGAAUCGAUUAAGAGUUAUUCGAAUGUUGUGAAUCCAACAUUUCACUUUAGUUUUGGUGCCGGAGCUGUGUCUGGUUGCAUAGCCGCAUUCGUGACGACCCCAUUUGAUGUCGUGAAAACGCACAAACAAAUCGCUUUCGGCGAAAAGUUCUUAUAUCCUACCGAUAAAUCGAACCGGCCAGAUGUGAAACCAUUGCAAAUGUUAUCUAACAUUUACAGAGCGAACGGAUUUCAGGGAUUGUUUGCCGGUGUUACGCCUAGAAUAAUUAAAAUCUCACCAGCAUGCGCGAUUAUGGUAGCAACAUUUGAAUACGGCAAAUCGUUUUUCUAUCUACGCAAUAUCAAUGCAUCCAGAUCGCAAUCGAAUAACGUUGACAGUAAAAUGUUGUGGCGAAAUUAGCGGAAGAGAGAUUCCUAAAUUGGUGAAUAAAAAGAAUAUUUUUCAUAAUUGGACUUA